GCAAGGCAUUGUGGGAGCGAGGGGCCGGAGCCUCAGACCGUCAACAUGUCCGACGUGGAUUGGGAUGCCGAGGACUUCGAGCCUCCCCAAGCCCAGCCUGCCAAAUUGACCGAUAAGUGGGAAGGAGAGGACGAGGACGACUCUGUCAAGGAUAACUGGGACGAUGAAGAAGAAGACAGUGAAAACAAAGAUGACAAGGAUAAGAAAACAGACUCUGCAAGUCUCAAGAAGAAGAAGAAAAAGAAAUUAGCUGACAUUAUUGCAGAGAAGGAGGCAAAACAAAUAGAAGAAAAGGAGAGGAGAAAGAAGGAGGCAGAGGAAAGAGAAAAGGCCCUAACGCCUGAGGAGAAGCUGGCCGAGAAACUAAGGAUGCAAAAGAUACAGGAGGAUGCUGACCUGCAGCUAGCCAACGACCUAAUGGGGACGACAGAGAGCACUGCGGAAGAGGAUGAUGUUGGCAACGACUAUGGAUAUAAUGAGUACGAUGACUUCAUUUAGUGUAAUAUUACUUUAGACAUCAAUUACUAUUGUUUGGCUUUUGAAAGCUUUCAUUUGUAUAUACACAAACCCAGUGCUUUAUGGAUAGAAAAAGGUUAAUAAAUGACUCCAUUGGUAAGGGGCAAAACAGCGUUAAGAACAAGGAGGGGGAGGAGCGGACUCUUAAAGCAUUGUCCACAUCAUUUGGGAAGGUCUUGGACACUUCAAGUUCAGGAUCAGGCCCCACUCUUCGUCUUCAUUUGUCUCUAUAGAUUUUUUAAUGGGUGGAUCUUGCAUCAUAUGCAAAGGCCACCCCAUCUUGGGUGUGGAGAAACAUUCCUUCAUGCUCAAAGGUUACUGUGUGCUCUGUAACCCAAGGAAAAAUGAUAGAGAAACCAAGUAUUUCUUCUCUACACAUGUGAUGUAGUGAUUGGUGAAGUGGUCUUGUUUUAAAUGGACUGCAGGUUACACUUCAGGCUUCAUAGCCCUCCAUGAGGUUUAUGCUUUAGACCUGAACUUGAUAGAAAUAAUUUUUACCUAACUGUGGCUUUGGCAGCUUAACAGGGUUUUCUGAUCUUGUAAGCUGCUGGAUAAAGCUUAUGGAAGAUCACAAAUUAGCUGUGUGCUCUAUCAUGUGUGAAUACACCGGCAAAAUUCAUGCUUAAUAAAUGCUUUUUAAAACUUGUGGCCUUAAAUUUGACCCCAUAGGCGGCUGUCAACAAAUAACUGUUGCACUUCAUGGCCUAUCCAUUCCUCCCAACCAAUGUUAAACAGCUUCAGUAUUUGGCCAUCUGUAGGAAUGUUCAGAAAUAGAUCUCUUAUUUGCUCAGAAAAGAAAAGUAAAAGCAAGUUUGUGUUAAGGUUUCAUUUACUAAUAAACAUGUUUGUUAUUAGUCA